AUGACCGAUGUAGUUCAGGAACUCCAGUCUCAAAAGAGACGUAUAGUCGUCCUCAUUUCCGGCUCAGGCGCAAACCUGCAAGCACUCAUCGAUGCACAAAACACACCCGCCCUCCCUAACAGCGAGAUCGCCCUCGUUCUCUCAAACCGCAAAGCCGCAUACGGUCUCACACGCGCAAUGAACGCCGUUCCGCCAAUUCCAACGGCCUACCUCGCUCUCCAACCAUACCUCAAGUCCCAUCCAGACGCAACGCGUGUGGAUUACGACCGAGAGAUCGCCAAGAUCGUUUUAGAUGCAAAACCGGACCUCGUUGUACUCGCUGGAUGGAUGCAUGUCCUUAGCGAGGCGUUCCUUGAUCUUGUUGAAGAAGCUGCGAAGGAGAGGGGGAAGAGCAUACCUGUGAUCAACCUCCAUCCUGCUUUACCUGGUGCCUUUGAUGGUGCGAAUGCGAUUGAACGCGGAUAUGAUGCGUUCCAGCGGGGUGAAGUCGAUAAAGUCGGUGUUAUGAUACAUCGGGUAAUCAAGGAAGUCGACAGAGGGGAGCCGAUAGUUGUGAGGGAGGUACCGCUUGCGAAAGAGGAACCAUUAGAAGUCUUUGAGGAGAGGCUGCAUAAAACGGAAUGGGAGAUAGUCGUCGAGGCGUCUGCAAAAGUUCUAGAAGAGACCCCAUAA